UUGCCAUCCAGAAUGCCAGUUUCCAACAGCAGUGAUGGCAGUCUCCCAGACACUCUCUUCCUGACGGGGAUCCCGGGGCUGGAGUGGGCACACGUCUGGAUCUCCAUCCCCUUCUGUGCCAUGUAUCUGGUAGCGCUGGCUGGGAAUGCCGCCCUCACCCUGGUCAUAGUGACAGACAGUGCCCUUCACGCACCCAUGUACCUCUUCCUUUGCCUUCUCUCACUCACCGACCUUGCUCUCAGCUCCACCACUGUGCCCAAGACGUUGGCCAUUUUGUGGCUCCAAGCUGGUGAGAUUUCCUUUGGAAGAUGCCUGGCCCAGAUGUUUUGUGUCCAUUCUAUCUAUGCUCUAGAGUCCUCGGUUCUUCUUGCCAUGGCCUUUGAUCGCUAUGUGGCUAUCUGCAACCCCCUGAGAUACACAACCAUCCUCAACCAUACCGUCAUAGGCAGAAUUGGCCUUGUUGGGAUGUUCCGUAGUGUGGCCAUUGUCUCUCCCUUCAUCUUCUUGUUGAGGCGACUGCCCUACUGUCAGCACCGUGUCAUGGCACACACGUACUGUGAGCACAUGGGCAUUGCUCGACUGGCCUGUGCCAACAUCACUGUCAAUAUUGUCUAUGGGCUGACUGUGGCCCUUCUGGCCAUGGGUUUAGAUUCUAUUCUCAUUGCUCUCUCCUAUGGCUUUAUCCUCCAUGCUGUUUUUCGUCUUCCAUCCCAAGAUGCCCAGCGCAAGGCUCUGAGCACCUGUGGCUCACACCUCGGGGUCAUCCUGGUCUUCUACAUUCCUGCCUUCUUCUCCUUCCUCACCCACCGUUUUGGGCAACACCGAGUCCCCAGGCAUGUGCACAUCUUUCUGGCUAACCUCUAUGUGCUGGUGCCUCCUGUGCUCAACCCCAUCAUCUAUGGGGCGAGGACCAAGGAGAUUUGGAAUCGACUUUCAAGACUGCUUCACUUGGGGAAAAUUUCAAUAUGA